CGCGAGGCAGCGGCUACUUCCUCGUCUGCCCGGCUGCGCGCUCUGGACAGCUCUGUCGGCCGCGGGGCGGGGCGGGGCACUUCGCCGAGCUGCUCUGCCUGCCUCUGCUCAUCCGGCUUCCCGGGGUGGACGCAGGUCCUUGAAGGCGCACCACUGCAAACCAGACAUAAAGAAACUCUGAGGCGCCCGGAGUGCCGGCUGGAGGGGCAUUCGGUUGGCUUUUCGUGCGUGGUCUUUAGAAUCAGCCGCUCCAGGAAGAGAGAUGUCGAAGCCGCCACCCAAACCGGUCAAACCAGGGCAAGUUAAAGUGUUCAGAGCUCUUUAUACGUUUGAACCCAGAACUCCAGAUGAAUUGUACUUUGAAGAAGGUGAUAUUAUCUACAUUACUGACAUGAGUGAUACCAAUUGGUGGAAAGGCACCUCCAAAGGCAGGACGGGACUAAUCCCAAGCAACUAUGUGGCUGAGCAGGCAGAAUCCAUUGACAAUCCAUUGCAUGAAGCUGCAAAAAGAGGCAACUUGAGUUGGUUGAGAGAGUGUUUGGACAACCGAGUAGGUGUUAAUGGCUUGGACAAAGCUGGAAGCACCGCCUUGUACUGGGCUUGUCACGGGGGUCACAAAGAUAUAGUGGAAGUGCUAUUUACUCAACCAAACAUUGAACUGAACCAACAGAACAAGCUGGGAGACACAGCUUUGCAUGCUGCUGCCUGGAAGGGUUAUGCAGAUAUUGUCCAGUUGCUUCUGGCAAAAGGUGCUAGAACAGACUUAAGAAACAAUGAGAAGAAGCUGGCCCUGGACAUGGCUACUAAUGCUGCCUGUGCGUCUCUCCUGAAAAAGAAACAGGGAACAGUUAUCUUUCUACCCAGUGACCUUGCCCUCAGAUGCAGUCCGAACAUUAAGCAAUGCCGAGGACUAUCUUGAUGAUGAAGACUCAGAUUAAUUCCUUUCCAGAGCUUUGAGAUCUAAAACUUGUGUUGCUUUUGCCAUUUCAAAACCUUGUCUUUGCCAGAAGAGUGUUGGUAACUGUAGAAAAAGAAAACAAAAAGUCUAUAUGAACGUGGCAGUUUUGCACUGUUUGAAUAAAACAUGUAAAUGAAUAGGUCUCACCUUCAGUUUGCCAAUAAGUGACUGGAUAUUUUGCUGUAUAAAGUACAUUUUUGUUCACCAGAGUAGAACAAGAAGAGAUUAUUUCUAUUUAUCAAGCUUAAAAGAAUUUAAAGAAAUUUUUUCUUUAAAAAAAUCGGGAUUUUUUUUUUUUAAAGUUCUUUACCUCAAGGAUUGAGAUAGUUUGAAUGGAGUUUUCAAGGGGGGAAUGCUUAUUAUAAUAAUAAACUGAAAGACUUAAUAGAAAAUCGUCAGCUAUUCUGACAAAAAUAAACAUUUUAAGAGACUUUAUUUCCUUUGUUUUGUGGUAUCACUCUUUGCUGGUAAAUAAAUAAAGCUUUUUAUAUUUA